GUCCCCCGGUGGCGUCUGUGUUUGACCGGCGCUCAUGGCUCUGGACGCUCUGAUCCGGAUCUUUGCCAUCAUGUCAGCGUGUGUGUUUGGGACGAGUGCUGCGGUCUCUCUGUCUGUCCCGGGACGAGUGCUGGCUCUGGAGGGCUCGUGUCUCGUCAUCCCCUGCUCCUUCAGCCCUGCUCCGGCCGCUCAGACGAUGCAGCUUCGCCUCAUCAGAUCCUCCGCGCCGUUCUUCAUGAUGCUGAGGAAGCCGGUGUUCAGCUCUGAGCGCGGCGACGCCGUUCAUCCCGACUUCAGAGAGCGAACGGCGCUCGCGGGGAACAUCAGCGCCGGCGACUGCUCCGUCAGCAUCAGCAGCGUCCGCAGAGACGACCAGAACACAUACGAGCUGCAGAUGAGGGAGCGGGGUCAAAGGGCAUGGCCUGCGGGCAGCAAGGUCAACCUCAGCGUGACUGGUUCGCCGGAGCCGCCGCAGCUCACAGACCCGGGGCCGGUGAAGGAGGGCCAGCGGCUCGUGUUGAACUGUUCGGCGAGGCUCAGCUGUCCGUCCGAUCGGCCUCGUCUGCUGUGGAAGUGGGAGCGCGGCGAUCCGGCCGGCAGCAGCAUUCACGGAGACACGGAGCUGCAGCGGGACACCGGCUGGUUACCGGUGCUUCAGACCAGCCUCGUCUUCACCGUCCCGCGGCACACAAACCCCAGAGUGAGAUGUGAGCUGGAGUAUCCCAACAACAGACGAUCCUCGGCCACCCGCGAGAUCCUCGUCCACUUUCCUCCCAGAGACGUGUGGGUUCAGGUGCUGAGCGCUUCGGUGCGUCUCGGAGGAAACGCUUUGCUCCUCUGCUCCUGUAAGGCAGACCCGCCGGUCUCUGAGUACCAGUGGUGGAGCGUCCAGUCUGGAAACACACAGAUCCUGCCCAAACGCACACACACCGUCCGCAUCUAUAACAUCAGCCGAGACACGCGCGUCCAGUGCAGCGCUGCAAACCCACUGGGACGCGCCUCGUCCCGCCCGACGGCCCUCAACGCGCUGUACGCUCCGGUGAUUGUGUCCCGCUCAUCCUGUGACUGGGACGGGACGCUGCUGUCCUGCUCUUGUGUCGUGGACUCGAACCCUCGUGCCGCCAUCACCUGGAGUGUGAACGGGACUCACCUGUCUGCCAGGUUUAACACCUCGUCUUCUUAUGACAACCACAUCGUGACGGCGACACUCAGCGGGAUCUCAGACGCGCCACUGCCGGUCGAGUGUCACGCUGUCAGCGCUCUGGGAAACCACUCGCUCCUGCUGUAUGAGCCUCACGAGGGUGGUCUGAUAUGGACCGUAAUCCCGACAACAGGUGCUGUGCUUCUGCUUCUGCUGCUGUUUCUGCUGCUGUUUUUCUGCUGCUGCAGGACAAACCGAAGGCCUCCAGCUGUCCGUCCCGAGCUUCUGGGAGUCUGUCAGGAGCGCAUGCCGCUCUACAUUAACUGCAGUGAAGUCACAAACGUCUACAGCAACGGCAGCUACCAGCUCGUCUAUCAGAACUGCACUCCGCUCUUCGUACGGAGCAAACAGAUGCACAAGAGACAGAGACGAGGAGCGAGACGCCAGCGAGCGCAGCGCCAGAUCCCCGUCACUGCUGACUCCGACACGGCCGUCUAUGUGGAGGUCCUCUGAGCUCAGACUGUGUGUGUUUACAAAGAAGCGUUCUGUGUGCUGUUAUUCCUGCUUCAACUCGCCUCCAGAAA